UGCAGAUGAACAUAAUUCCAAUAGUUCUCAACAAAUAGAUGGUCUUCUCAAUUUACUUCAAGAAAGAUUUUUGGAUCAGAAUCCUUAUGUCAGAACAAAGGCAAUUCAAGCCUUAGUUAAAGUAUGUAACCUACCAGUUAAAUUCCCUAAGAGAAGACAGAUCAUAAUGUUGUUAGCAGUGAGAUCAUUAGAUGAUAAAAGUACAUUGGUUCGCCGUAACUCUAUAAAAUUAAUGUGCAAAUUAAUUUUGACCCACCCAUUCUCCACUGCUCAUGGUUCCCAAUUAUCACAAAAGUUAUGGAAAGCAAAGCUAGAUGAGGCCGAAGCUGAACUUAAUCAAUACAUUCCGAUAUCUCCUAUAAAAAAAUCGAAAAGAAAAAAUGAUGAGCUUGAUUCUGUAGAAGAAGAGGAUGAGCUCUCGGGUAGUGAUAGUGAAGAAAAUGGUAAACAAAGUGAUGAUAUGGAUGUGGAUGAAGAAAAUCAAGAUGAGAAAGAAGCAGAUGAUGAAGAAGACAAAGAUGAAAAUGAUGAAGAAAAAGAUGAUGAAAACGAAAGUCUAGAUUUGGAUGAAUUGAAUGAAUCAAUGAUUGAACAGCAAGAGAAUUUACCGGAUACUAGCACGCUUCUCAAACUCAAACUUAAGGUACAAUAUUAUCAGGAUGCUGUCCUAUUCAUUGAGGCUAUUCAUAAAGGUGCAGAUAUUGUUUCUAGGUUACUUUUCUCCAAGAAUAGAAACGAGGUUUUGGAAUCUAUGGACUUUCUUGUUCUUGCCGAUGCUUAUGACAUCCAGAAUGCUCAAGUUGGUAUUCGUCGUAUGUUGCAUUUGGUUUGGAUGAAAGGCUCUUCAGAUGAAGGAAAAUCUAUUGCAUCACACUUAAUUGACUGUUACAAAGACUUAUUCUUAACGGUACCUAAUGAUUUAUCCCCUGGAGAAGCUGCUGCAAUGAUAGCUCACAAUUUAAUUGGAUUAACUUAUUCUGCAUCAGUUUCCGACUUGGCGUCACUUGAGAAACUUCUUUGUCUUAUGUAUGAUGAAAAAUUAAUUAAUCAGGAUAUCAUUAAAGUUCUUUGGCAAGUAUACAGUUUUGCUGAAAAUAAUGAAACUGAACAAAUAACAUCCAAAAGACAAUCACAUGGUGCCAUUAUUCUAUUGGGUAUGUUGGCAUUAGCAGAUAAUAACAUUGUAUUGAAAGGAUUUGAUCCAUUAUUGAGAGUAGGUUUAGGAGAUGUUGGUAAGGAUGAUUUGGUAUUGUGUAAAUAUUCAUGUCUUGCUUUGCAGAGAGUUAUGCCAGCAACCACCAAUAAGAACCAAAACAAUGAAACAUUUAAGAUUGAUAGAGAAGAUGAGGCAAUUGAAAGGCUCACCAACAUUUUACUUUCUUAUAAUGAAAAACCAGAAUGGUAUACAGUUGCAGAACAAGCCAUUGGCGCCAUUUAUCGUGCAUCAAGUAAUCCGGAUGAAGUAUGUUCCGAUAUUAUCAAGAGUAAAACCAAGUUAGUCUUUGCCGGAAAUGAAGGCUCAAAAUUGAUAAGUUUAUCACAGCUUUUGUUUAUUGUGGGACACAUUGCAAUUAAAACCAUUGUCCAUUUAGAGGAACUCGAGACGUUAUUUAAGAAGAAAAAGCACGAUUCUGAAGCUGCUAACAAGAAAGUUGAUAAUGGGGAAGAGGAAGAGAAUAACGAUAAUGAAUUAGAAAUGAUUGGUGGAACUUCCGAAGAUGAUUUUACCGAUGCUGUUAUCUAUAUUAAAGAACGAGAGCUUCUUUUUGGAGAAAAUUCCUUACUCGCAAGAUUUGGUCCCUUGGUGAAAGAAAUAUGUUCAAAUAACAAGAAUUAUGAUAAUGAAAUCUUACAGAGAUCAGCUGUUUUAUGUAUGAACAAACUUAUGUGUGUUUCUUCCAAAUACUGUGAAGAUAACUUGCCGCUUCUUAUCACAAUCAUGGAAAAAUCACCCGAUCCAAUAAUUAGAUGUAACUGUGUUUUAGGUUUAGGAGACAUGGCUGUCUGUUUUAAUAAUUUGGUGGAUGAAAAUACCGACUUCUUAUAUCGCCGUCUUACAGAUGAGAAUAUCAUGGUACAAAGAACAUGUCUCAUGACAGUGACCUUUUUGAUUCUAGCCGGUCAAGUUAAAGUCAAAGGUCAAUUAUCUUCCAUGGCCAAAUGUUUGGAAAAUUCUGAUCAAGGUAUUAGUGAUAUGUGUAGAUUGUUCUUCACGGAAUUGGCUACGAAAGACAAUGCCAUAUAUAAUGGGUUUAUUGAUAUAUUCAGUGGAUUAUCAAAUGAUGAUAGUUUAUCCAAAGAUGCCAUGAAACGUAUUGUUAAGUUCUUAGUUGGUUUCAUUGAAAAGGAAAAACAUCAAAAACAAUUAUCUGAAAAAUUAUUGGUCAGAUUAAUGAAAUGUCAAUCGGAGUCACAAUGGAACGACGUCGCUUUCGUAUUGUCUUCCAUUCCUUACAAAAACGAAGCCAUCACCACUGCUCUUGAAGCUGGUUAUAAAAUGGUUCUGGCUAGAGAUUAAUGUUGUAUACUACAUAUAGAUAUAUUUUGGGUCAUAGAACCGACUGUAAGCCUUCCACCGUUAACACCAAACGGUCAACCAAUACCCCGUUUUAUUAUCUACCCCUGUCUAUUCCACAAUGGU